UUAACAUACCACUCUUUUAGUACCCUGGUGUACUUCACGAAGGGCCAAAAGCACCCGCAAUUGAUCCUCGGUAAUUACUGCUACACGAUGCACUGGAAGAACCCGAACAGGACGCGGUGGCGUUGCAGGAGGCACAACAGCCUCGGCUGCAUAAAUUUCCUCUACACCACCGGGCACACAGUAUUUGUACAAAACGACCAUAAUCACGCCUGCGAGAACAUCAACAAGGACAAUUUGAGCUCGCACCUCGUCAACGUCAUCCACAGGCAGAUUAAAAACAGGAUUUCCAGGAGGAACGUGCAGUGAAAAAUUACUUAAAGUGCA